AUGACAACAGGUUUCAUUUCAGAGCCAACAACUAGAGAUUUUGAGGACAAGACGUUCUUCAGGAGCAUUAUAGGAUCACUACAGUUUAUUUCAUGCCACACUAGACCUGACAUUGCGUUUGCUGUGAACACGUUGUCUAGAAGAGUUAACAAUCCUAAGGUUGAGGAUUGGACGGCUGUGAAGCACUUGCUGAGAUAUUUAAAAGGGACAUUAGACAAGAGACUGAUUAUAAGAAGCAGCAACGCAGAUCUAGAUUGUUUUGUUGAUAGUUCGUUCGCAUCAGAGUUGGAAGACAAGAAGUCAGUGACAGGAAUGAUCAUCAAGUAUAGUGAGAGUCCCAUAGUAUGGAGAAGCAGAAAACAAACUAACGUAGCGCUUAGUACCUCUGAAUCAGAAUUUGCAGCACUGAAUGAGAUAGUCAAUGAGGUCCAGUGGAUUGAACAGUUGUUAAUAGACCUGAAUGAAAAAUUUAGA